AUGCAAUAUAUUAAGCAUUCCUUCGAACUGUUCUUCCACGAAUCUCAUCACCCCCCCAAGUCCACCAUGUACUCCCCACCGCUCGAGUAUCUCUUCCCCGCGCCAUCGCUUCCGCCGUCUCAGCUGGCCCCAGCCCACUUCCCUGGUGUUUCACCAAAGUCGACGGCCGCCCUUCAGAGGGUCUUGAAGGAUAACCACGCGAAAUGGCAUAUCUUCUUCAACGAGAUGCGAUUCCACAACCAUGCAGCCCAUCGGGCGGUCGCUUCGUGGGCCCUCGGUGCGGACGCUGGAGCGAUCCAAAAGGGCUACGAACUCGACUGCCACUACGAGAAGCCGGCGUUCGAGUCACCUGGGGCCAUCAGGAGCGAUAACUUCUACGAGCACCUGGGAGACGACAAGUAUUACAAUGCUUACAUGCAGUUCCUUACGCAGUUUAUCAAAGAGAAAGGCGUCGCGGCAGCUUUGGAGGAGUUUGUCUUCUCGCGCAAGGCGAACGUAGGGCCUAGUGCGAACAUUCCAACAGAGAAGCAGCCCCAGAUUCUCAGCCGCUUCUUCGCCGGGCUCCUUCAUCCCAUGAUCCAUGCAGGAUAUGGUGUAGAGUUCGGUCUCCCAGGCAUGGUCGUGGAAGGCAUCGCGCAGACGGUCGUGCAUAAUCCAACUCCUGGUCUUCUCACGUUGUUGGGGCUCUUUGAGGAUGAGCCUGGUGUUGGACACGACACAGGAGCGUCUCUUGCGAGCAGCUUCAGCGCCGCGAUGUCCGGACUAGGCUCUCCGUUCGGCAAGGUCCUGCCCCAAUCCACUUCAAGUUCUAAUGCCCCAGUAGCGGAUAGCGGCCCGCAUGCGCUGACUAUCCUCUCGCGCGUUCUCAGCGAUCCCAAGUUCGCCUCGCCUGGCUCUGCUGCAAUUGACGAAGACAGGAUAUUGUACGCGGCGCUCGAGAAUCAUGCGAAGGACGUCGCAGCGUACGCUAAUAUGUGGGUCGUCGAUCCCACGCGACUCGCUAAUGUGGAGGGCGAGUUGGAUAGGAAAAUCGAAGAGCUUGCAUGGGCUAUUUGUGUACUUUAUGGAGUCGCUGGAUGGACGGAUAUGAAACUCGGAGGAAAGGACGGAGAGGAUGCGAGAUUCAACGCCGAUUUCUUUUUCAUGCACCUUGUAACCUCGUCGAUCUUCCUCCCUUCGCUCUGUGCCAUUCUCUCGCCUACAUCCCAGGCGUGCCUGCUUAAAUCUUACCUCAUGUCAGCUCUUAUCUGGGCUGUCGCGCGUGGCCGCCCCCGUCUCGACGUCAAAGGCUUCGUUGCUGCUACGCAGGACGUCGUCGCCAUUCCCGGACUUCCAGCAUCGUUGAAAAGCAAAUCAGAGUCGGCGUCAGUGACCGGGGUGGAUGAAGAAAGCAAAAUAUGGUCGAGGAUCCUGGAUGAGGCCCGCGUACACCAGGACGAGCAUCUGACGAAGACAAUUCGGGCACUGGCUGGAUGGGCGGCGGUGUUUGGGACCAGGAAGGCGAGGGAGGCUCUCAAAGGAGGAGACACCGCAGGCACGGAGGUCGACUUGCAAAGUAUCAUAUCAUCUACCGAGCUACCUGGAUCCCAGUAUCUCGAUGGUGGAUUUUUCUUCCGUGCUGCUAUCUUGAUCCUCGGUCGCAUGGGCUGGGAUUUGGAGAAAGGUGACCAAAAGGAGAGGGAGGCGGAGGGGAGGGAGGGGAGGGGAGCUGCGUUCGAAAGAGAUGGUGCAUUCUGGGAUUUCAAAGGGUUUUAUGACCAGGACGGUCAAGCUACCAAGACCGACGGCACCAAGGGGUAA